AUGGAGGUGCUGGUUCUCGUUUGGGUGCUCUGCGCGGUACUGGUGGCAGCGACCUCUCAGAAGCCGUCAAUCGCGGUGGAUGAGGCCGGCACAUUGUACAUCAACUCGACGAAGAAAGUGGUGGUGAAUGGUGUCGAUGUGGAGGUCAAUGGCAUCAAUGUGGAGGCAGCUUUUGCUUUCCUGUUUGACGCAACGCCAGGCUUGUGGUGGAGCGCACCAGAGCAGUUUGUCAUCUCCACCGCUGCUGAUUAUGCCUCCUCGGUGUCUGCGGCAGAUCUGGACGGCGACGGUGAUAUGGAUGUCCUCAGCACCAGUCCCUUCGACGACAAGAUUGCGUGGUACCGGAAUAACGGCGACGGCACCUUUUCCGCCCAGAUCAUCAUCUCCACCGCCGCUGAUAAUGUUUACUCAGUGUAUGCGGUAGAUUUGGACGGCGACGGCGAUUUUGACGUUCUCAGCGCCAGCCUCUACGACGACAAGAUUGCUUGGUACCGGAACAACGACGACGGCACCUUUUCCGCCCAGAUCGUCAUCUCCACCGCUGCUGACCACGCCCGCUCGGUGUAUGCGGCAGAUCUGGACGGCGAUGGGGAUCCUGACGUCCUCAGUGCCAGCGUCAAUGACAACAAGAUUGCGUGGUACCGGAACAACGGCGACGGCACCUUUUCCGCCCAGAUCGUCAUCUCCACCGCUGCCAACGGCGCACACUCGGUGUAUGCGGCCGAUCUGGACGGCGACGGUGAUCUCGACGUCCUCAGCGCCAGCAUGGAUGACGACAAAAUCGCGUGGUACCGGAACAACGGCGACGGCACUUUUUCCACCCAGAUCAUCAUCUCCACCGCCGCCGACAGUGCCCGCUCGGUGUAUGCGGCCGAUCUGGACGGCGACGGUGAUCUCGACGUCCUCAGCGCCAGCAGCAAUGACAACAAAAUCGCGUGGUACCGGAACAACGGUGAUGGCACCUUUUCCACCCAGAUCGCCAUCUCCACUGCCGCUGACGGCGCCUUCUCGGUGUAUGCGGCCGAUCUGGACGGCGACGGUGAUCUCGACGUCCUCAGCGCCAGCCUCAACGACGACAAAAUUGCGUGGUACCGGAAUAAUGGCGGCGGCACCUUUUCCACGGAGAAUGUCGUCUCCACCACCGCCCACGGUGCCCGCUGGGUGUAUGCGGCAGACCUGAACGGCGACGGCCACCUCGACGUCCUCAGCGCCAGCCGCGAUGACGACAAGAUUGCCUGGUACCGGAACGAUGGCCAGUGGAACUGGAAAACUCGCUUCAAUUCGCCCUAA